AUUGUGCGGCAGGUCUCGUGGUACCGGCCGAGCCAGCUGACGGCUGCGGCAACAUCACGCGGCCGCCGCUCGAGGACAACUUCACCGGCCGGUGGAUCGCGCUCAUAGCGAGAUAUGGCUGCAACUUCGAGACCAAGGUGCGGAAUGCGCAAGCGGCGGGCUACGAUUGCGCCAUCGUGCACAACGUCAACUCCAGCGACAUCGAGACGAUGUCGGCGAAGGACCCCACGGGUAUAACGAUACCGUCUGUUUUCGUCAGCGACGCCGCGGGCUACAUGCUCAUGGACUUGUACAACUAUACCAGCGGUUACUACGUGAUGGUGAACGACGACGUUCCGUUCAACAUAAACACUCACCUGCUGCUCCCGUUCGCGGUGGUCGUUGUAUUGUGUCUUGUCAUCAUUCUCAUCAGUAUGAUAGUUAAAUGCGUGCGCGAGCGCCGUCGCUUGCGGCGGCAGCGGCUCCCCAACAAGUUCCUCAACAAGAUACCCACGUGCAAGUUCAGCAAAUCGGAUCCCUACGACACGUGCGCCAUCUGUCUCGACGACUACCAGGAGGGAGACAGGCUGAGGGUGCUGCCUUGUGCUCAUGCGUACCACGCGAAAUGCGUGGACCCGUGGCUGACGCAGAACCGGCGCGUUUGUCCCGUGUGCAAGCGCCGCGUCUACGUGGGCAAGGAGAGGAGGACUGCGGACAGCGACUCCUCCGCCGACGACACCUCCCCCCUGAUGGACGACGACAGGGAGUCCACCAACACCCAGAGCGGCACGUUCGCGGAGCAGCGCGAGAACCCUUUCGUGCGCGCCACGCGGCUCAUGCGGCGGCUGCGGCGGCGGCUGCGCAGGGAGCAGGCGUCGCAGGAAGGCCAAGAGCCCACACAGGAAGCGGAAGUGCAACCCGACGAGAUGCAACAAGAGCAGGCGCACUCCGACACGGAGGCGCUGCUGCCGCGCGCGGCGCUCGUGGCGGAGCGCCCGCGGCGGCAGCGCAGGCGCUCGCGCUCCGCCCGCACUCGGCCCGUGGUAGUGCCGCCGCCGUUGAGGGAGGGACAUUCUAUCAACACAGAAGGCGGAGAGGGGGAAAUUGGAGUGGCCGCGCUGCCCGCCCCUCCCCUGGCGUCCAGCACGCCCCACCACCUGAACUUAUGAGCUCACACACACGCGUCCAUCUCCCUAGUGUACUCGUAGCGAUUCAAAGGCAAUGGUGCCCGCGUCACGUAAACAAAUUGACAGAUUUCAGACUUCAGAUCGGAUAAAUUGUUUAUAGUGACCAUUGACUGUAAUUUCAAGAUGUUGUGACUCUAAGUUAUCUCUCGUUAAUAAAAAUGCCAUUUUUAUAUAAUGAAAACUGAUGUGUUGGUUUUGACAACGCCAAACAUACGCCGUUCGUUGAUAACGAAAACAAAUAAACAAGGAAUUUGCGCACGUCCUGAUAUUUCUCAUUCCGUACUUGUGCGCGUGAUUCGACAUUUCAUACUGUGCCUUCAGUACCAUCUAUCUGCCAUAUUAGUAAACUUUAUUCACGCUUAUCAAUUGUAUAGUUCGUAGUUUCGUAUGGCGUUGAUAGAUGUCGCCACAUCAAUUUUUGUAAGCGAGAGAGCUAAACCGAUAAUAACUUCUUUGAAAUGGUGAAGAGUUAUAGCAACGUCUAACAAUAUUUUAUACUCUUUGAUUGUAUUAGUCUGUUGUAGAGGUUCAUUAAUAAAGAAUAUGUCGAGAGGAAGAGUUGAUAUCGUGAAUAGUACACGUAACUUCACGACAAAAUGUAAAGAAAAAAAAACAACUAUAUCACACCAGUAUUGGUGGAGUAUUUCUUUAAGAAAGAGAUAAACAUCAUAGUUAUCAAAACAUGGUAAAACUUUACUGCUGUGUAAAGAAGCUGGUGAGAAUUUGUUGCAUAUAUAAAGAAUUAUUAGAUUUAUUUUAUUACUUAAUAACACGCAUACAAUAUAACGAAAUACAUUAUAUAGAAAUUAAAAAAAUAUAUAUUUUGGGCAAUGUGAAAAUGUGUUAAACAACCAAAUGUUAUGCCCAAAAUAAGUUGUAUACUUUAGAAUAGUUAUUAUCAUCAUAAUUAAAUUAUGUUGCUCAUUUUUUUUAACAUUAAUACGUCUCGAAAUUGUUUAUUUUUUCUUUUUUAAUUUAAAAUCUAACUCAAAUCCAGAAGUUUAUUUACAUUGUUUUGUUUCAACCAAUUCGUUUAAUUUGUAACUUUAUUUUUUAUCUAUGUAUUGACAGUUAAUAAAAUUACUUCAAAAGUAGUAAUGAUGUCAAGGGUUUAAAUUUAUUUAUAUCGUGAUUCGUGAAAAACAACCAUGAUUUCUAUAUAAAAUGUGUAUACCAAAUUAUAACUUCAUGCUCUCCUGCCAUUAAAUAUGAUUAUACCGGGCUUGUUAUCGUCAGAUUCAUAUACAGAUGCCAUUUAAAGAACUGAAAAUUACUAUUUAUACAAUCACUCUUUAGAAGACUUCUUGCUUCAUUGCAAUUCGUAAGAUUUUUAUGUUUGACGACUUUAUUCCCAGUAUAGUCGUAUUUCGUGGGUUUAUCAUUAGUUCUAAUAAAUUGUAUAUAUUUUAUAUGUAUGAUUGUAACAUUACGCGGUUUGUUAAGAUUUGGAUAAUUGGAUUAUAAGGCCAUUAAUUAGAAAUUAUUUACGUUUUUUAGUAUGUGAGAAAAUUAUAGUGUAAUAAUAAUGCAUUACUAUAUAAAUUGAUAAUGUGUAAAUAAUACUAAGUGAUAUACAAAACAGCGUAUAAGACCCACAGAUAUUUUGAAUUAAAAGAUUAUUUUCCAGUAAAACUAAGUAGGAUAUUUUUAACCAAUGGAUAAAGCAGAUUUGAUACAGAGAAAAAUGUUUAAAUCGACUGCAAAAUUCUCUGAGUUCAAGCCGGUUAAAAAUAAAUGUGCUAAUAGUGUGUCGGCACGCAAGACCUGAUUUCUGUUCCGAAAAUUCUAGUAAAAAUUAGUGUUGCCGUCAAUAAGUGAUACCUUGUAUCCAAUUAUGAAAAUAAAUCUAUUAUAUUCUAGUGGGCCACCUGAAUACGUCCCUAGUCUUAUGUUUACUAUUCUAACAAGUCUACUGUUAAAAACUCUGAAGAAAUUAUCAUAUUGUUUUAUUCAAAUCUGAUUUCAGUCUAGUACCAGUUCUGAAUCGUUUAUAACCAAACCAAUUGUAAAAAAAAUUAAGGCUUUUUUUUUAUUUUAACCAUUGUGAUAUGUUAUUCUAUACUUUCAAGUCUAUGUGCUAUUGAUAAGGUAUUGAUAAGUUUUAUUUAAAAACCUUUGGCUCUGAAUAAACGCGUGUUGUAGCAAAAUUCUUUCGAGAUGUGCGAAAAUACCUUUGUUAAAUGUGCCGAAAUUAUUAUAUUUGUGCCUUCAGCCAAAGUAAAAGUUGAAGAUGGAUUCAAAUGAGUUAUAAAUAGAGCCGUCAUAAAGCUUAUAUUUUUUAAAUAACUUUUAAACGGGUAGAAUUAUAAAGUUUCGACGCAUUCAUAAGUUCUUAAAAGGUUACAUAUUGCUGAAGACACGUUCCCCGGGACGACACUGCUGCCUAAAAAGGCGGCAAGGUAACAAAUCCAAAGAAAUAAUAAAAACCUAUGACACGAUA